AUGCUUUCCCAUCUUGUCUCAGCCCUAGCCAUACCGGCUCUUGUUAGCGCGGCUACUGUCACGUAUUCUGUCCCAGCAGCUGCUCCUACUACAGCUGCUACUCUGGAUGUUGCGCCUGUAGCAAUCUCCAUCGAGUUCUUCACCUGGCCAUCAUACAUGACAAAUGUCACGGCAACCACCCAAUGCCUUUCAAACUUCGAAGCUUUGACCGGUGAAUGGCCAGCUAUUCGAAUUGGUGGUACAACACAGGAUCGUGCAGACUACAACCCAUCCACGUCAGCAUAUGUUGUAUACUCGACCAGUAGCGCGACAGGUGUCCCGACUAUUCUUACUUAUGGACCUAGUUUCAUAGACCUUGCUGCGGCAUAUAAAGGAAGGGUCACCAUGGGUCUCAACCGUGGUCAUAACAAUAUCACAAACACCAUUCUUGCUGCAAAAUACAGCAAGUCUAAAAUGACCAACCUGUAUGCGAUAGAAGCUGGAAACGAACCAGAAUAUUGGUCUGGUGCCACUGCAGCUGCAGAUGCGCAAGCUCAAGACGACUGGGCCAUCCGCAUUGGUCAGGCGAUUUCCACAACCGACAUCAUGGAAGAGGGUAACUCGUUAUCUCCACCUCCAACCUGGGGCGCGGCCGAGUUGAUAGCUACCGAGAACUCAACUGUCACGCCGUAUGUGAAGACCUUCUCUCACCAUGCCUAUCCUGGAGGAGAUACAACGACUUUAAUGGAACAUUCAUUAACUGUGAGCAAAAUGGCUGUGUUCAAGGCGGAUAUUGCAGCCGCGACGACUGCUGGGAAACAGUAUGUCUUUGGCGAAACAAACUCGGUCUCCGGUGGUGGCGCAGCAUCAGUAAGUCCAACAUAUAGCUCAGCGAUCUGGACUCUAGACUACGCUCUCUACGCCACGACCCUCAACGCCAAACGCUUGUAUUUCCACCACGGCACGCUCGGCGCCUGCGAGUAUUGCUGGUUCGGACGCUACACCAUGGGAGCCUCGUACUACGGCGCCUAUGCAGCCAGCGCCGCCAUGGCCAGCGGCUCCAAGAUCGUCAUGCUCGAUGCGGGGACUACCAACUACGCCACAUACAUUGUGUACGGGAGCACCGGGGCGCCGUUGCGCGCCGUGCUUAUCAAUACGGAUUUCUACUCUGGGUCUGGGACGCGCGGCAGCGAGGUGUUUAAGCUGACGGGCUUCUCGACGACGAGCGUGAAGGCGAAGCGCCUUACGGCUGCUGCAUCGACUAGUAGGGUGGAUGAGGGGGCGUCGCCGACGUUUGGCGGGCAGGAGUUUGAGAAUGGGAGUUGUGUUAAGACGGGGACGGAGGCGUACGAGACGACUACUGUUUCUAGCGGCGCGGCUAACUUCACUGUUAACGCGUCCGAGGCGCUUAUCGUCUACUUUUAG